AUGAUUGAAGGUUGGGGUCGAUUACAAAACUUCAAAGAAGCAGAAAGGUAUUACAAUGAAAUGGUUACCUUAAAUUUCAAGCCAAAUUCAUCGAAUCUUUACACAAUGAUUAACCUUCAAGCCAAAAAUGGAGAUGAAUCAGGUGCUAUGAGAACCAUAAACGAUAUGAACAAAAUCGGAUGCCAAUUCUCUUCUAUUCUCGGGAUUCUUCUACAAGCAUAUGAGAAAGCAGAAAGAUUCGAUAAAGUGGCAUAUGUCAUAAAAGGUAUUCAUUUGCUUUACAAUCAUGUUUUGAACAAUCAAACUUCAUGUUCGAUUCUUGUUAUGGCAUAUGUGAAAAAUUCAUUGGUAGAUGAUGCUAUUGAAAUUCUAGGGAUUAAAAAGUGGAAAGAUAAAGUAUUUGAAGAUAGUUUAUAUCAUUUACUUAUAUGUACAUGUAAGGAGUUGGGUUAUCUAGAAAAUUCCAUCAAGAUUCACGAAUCUAUGCCAAAACCCGAAAAACCAAACUUGCAUAUCACUUGUAGUAUGAUUGAUAUUUACACGCGUUUGAAUCGGUUUCAAGAAGCAGAAGCCCUUUACAUGAAACUAAAAUCAAAAGGGAUUCCUUUGGAUUUGAUAGCAUUUAGCAUAGUAGUAAGAAUGUACAUCAAAUCUGGAUCUUUAAACAACGCGUGUUUAGUUCUUGAAGAAAUCGAAAAACAAAAGGAGAUCAAGAUUAUCCCGGAUACGUAUUUAAUCCGUGAUAUGCUUCGAAUUUAUCAAAGAUUAGGAAUGGUAAACAAAUUAGCCGAUCUAUACUACAAAAUCUUGAAACUUGGAGUUAUUUGGGAUCAAGAAAUGUAUAAUUGUGUCAUAAAUUGUUGUGCACGUGCUUUACCAAUCGAUGAACUUUCAAGGCUUUUCAAUGAAAUGAUUCACAACGGGUUUUCACCAAACACCACAACAUUCAACGUAAUUCUUGAUGUUUAUGGAAAAUCGGGUCUUUUUAAAAAAGUGAGACAAGUGUUUUGGAUGGCUAAAAAACAAGGGAGAGUAGAUGUAAUCUCUUACAACACUAUCGUUUCCGCAUAUGGGAAAAGUCAAGAUUUGAGAAACAUGGCUUCGGUUGCUAGGAGAAUGAAGUUCAAUGGUUUUUCUGUGUCUCUUGAAGCGUAUAAUUGUAUGUUGGAUGCGUAUGGAAAAGCGGGCGAAAUGGAAAAGUUUAAAAAUGUGUUGUUGAGGAUGAAGGAAUCGAAUUGUGGGUCGGAUUGUUAUACGUAUAAUAUUAUGAUUAAUAUUUAUGGUGAAAAGGGGUGGAUUGAUGAAGUUGGUGAUGUGUUGAUGGAGUUGAAGGAGUGUGGGAGGGAUUUGGAUUUGUGUGGUUAUAAUUCGUUAAUUAAGGCGUAUGGGAUUGCGGGAAUGGUGGAAGAGGCGGUGGAUUUGGUUAAGGAAAUGAGAAAAAAUGGAGUGGAACCGGAUCGGAUUACAUAUACGAAUUUGGUUAUUGCUUUGCAGAAGAAUGAUAUGGUUUUGGAGGCACUUAAAUGGUCAUUGUGGAUGAAACAAAUGCGGAUUUGA